AUGAACCUUUCUGCCGCGCCUGCUCUGCUGGCCUGGCUAGUUUCAUGCACCUGUGUGUCGGAGGUCCUGUUUCCGUCGGUGCAGAUCUACGUUGAAGACCAUGCAGGCGAUACGAUGGAUUAUUUCAUGCACCAGUUGGUACAAACUGGGACGCUCAUAAACGCAGCGACGCAAUCCGGACCCCUCAUGAUGGAGCCCGAACCACCCCUGGAGCAAAGUCCCCCGUACCCCUCGCUAUCUGUUCCCGUAAUGUAUACAACGCUCCAGCACGCUGCUGCCUCAAAUGUGACUUACGCGCUGUUGCUGCACUCGAACGUCGGCUUAGGCUACGCUUGUCUGUGGCCCACUGACCUCCAAGCCCUCGUGCAACAAGCCAACAUCCUGCUACCCCAGUGGCAGUAUGUCCUGCUCCACUGGCACCCGCGCGACCGCACGAUUUUGCCGUCGCAGAUUCCCGGCCGCAGUGACCUAUACAGCCGCUGGUGGCUGUCAACGGAGUACCGCGUCAACAAGUUCAGCGCCCUCACCAGGCAGCGACUCCACCGCCGCUGGCACCGGUGGCCCCCCACCGCCGUCCAGCUUCUCAAACUGGUGGAUAGCACCAUCCACGACUCCAUGGCCAUACUGUUCUCUCCAUUGGGCAUAAAGGAGCUGUCAAAAAAGAUAGCCCCUCGUGCCAAGGGGCUGGGGGCGAUGUUACCUGGCCAUAGCGCAACGACUGGCUACAGCCCGAGCGGGGACCGGGAUUCCAUGGCCCGAAAAUUGUCCCCAAAGGGACUAGUUACGACUCCAAUAUUUCUGGGGCCGAGGGAAGUCGGUGAAUCGGGUUUUGGGGGUGAGUUUAUAACGCAGUGGCUACUCGAGACACGCGAGGCGGUCUCUAGUGGUGCAGACGCGGCGUUAUCGCCGGGUUUGGAAUUCGUUCGUCGAACAAACGUGGUUCGUUUCCGGACGCCUGAAACCGAAAAAGCGGUGUGGGCGGAGUACGAAAUUCGACGCUACCGGAAUCAGAAGACGGUGUUGAGUGUGCCGACUUUUCUGCAGGAGGAGUAUCGGCGUCCUGUGGAGGAUGUUUUGUCUUGA